AUGGCAGCGGUGCAGUUCCAGCUGCUCACAUCCACCAUUCUCUUUGUCAGCAGAGAGGGCUUCCGCAGAGGCUGCCUACGAGCUGACGGCAACUCCCCUUCCUCCUCCUCCGCCUCCUCCCCCGCUUCCCCCCUCUACUGGGCGCGGAUGGUGUCAGCAGCGUGGCUGGUCGUCCCCACAGGCAUCUCCCUAGCAGCAGCAGCCUGUGCCUUCGUCCUGCAUUACCAGCACCUCCCUCUCUCAGACCCCUACGCCCAAGCCAUUUUACUCCACGGGGUGGCAGCAGCAGUGGAGUUGGUAUCAGAGCCGCUGUAUAUCCUGUCCCAGGCGCUGCUGCUGGUGCGGUUGAGAGCGGUGCUGGACGCCGUUGCAACGGUGGUGCGGUGUGUGGUGACGCUGCUGCUGGUGCUGGGGGGGAUUGGCAGGACGGGAGGGCUUGUGUUCGCCUAUGCAGAGCUGGCCUUUAGCUCCUCCCUUGUCAUCGGCUACUGGGGGUUCUUCCUUCUCCACCCCUCCGUUCGAGCUCUGAGGCCCAGUCAGAGCGGAGAGGAGGAGAGAGAUGUGGCAGAAGGCAGCAAGAAGCAGGAGGGGGAAGGAGGAGAGGGAGAAGGGAAAGGAGAAUGGGGAGGAGAGGGAGAGGGAGGGCUUAGGAGGCGAGCAAUUGGGAGGGAGGGAAAGGAGGGAGGUGAUGGGGGGGAGUUGCAGGAAAGGCAAGGAGGAGAGAAUGAGGCGGGAGGUAGUGCUAGUGAAGGGUCUGGUGCCAUGAUUCCGCUGCUCCCGUGCAAGUGA